AAACAGCGCCUAGUUUCGCAUAGUUUGAGCAGCAGCCCUCGCUGUCUUAACUUUGCAGCAGGGCAGGUGGCAGCAGUUGUCAUGGAGAUAACCACAGGCCCGGACGAGGACCGCGGGCAGAUGAGCACCGAAGAGCGGCUCCAGUCGACCUCCCGCCAGGGAAACUUCUACAUGCUCAUCGUGAUCGGAGAGAUCGCUACAGAUCAGCAGCUGCACACCACCAGACAGCACAUAGAGCGCGGUAUUCGUUCCUGGGACAUCAGUGUGUCAGAAUGUGACCUGGACCAACAACUACAGCUUUUCAUAAGCAGACAUUCCGCCCAGUUCUCAGCCGAGGUCAGAGGUCAAAGGACCCUGCACCACAAAAGUGAUGUUCUUGAAACGGUUGUAUUAGUGAAUCCAUCAGAAGAUACUGUUAUCUCUGAGAUCCAUUGUCUUGUAUCUGACCCAGCUGUGCACAAGCUGCUAGUCCUGAGUGGGCAGAGUUCUGACCAAGGUGACCUGGUUCUCCAAACUGGAGUUCUCAGUCAUCAGACCUUCUCACGUGUGUUUGCUGAUCCUGGGGUCAGUAAUUCACUGGUGAAAUCCAGCUCUGGACAGCGGGCAUCACUAACUGUGUCUUGCCGUGGUGAGGCAGGCUGGAGUUCUCUGGGGCAACAGCAACGCAUUAGGGAGUUGCUGAAUUAUAGGCUGAAUCCAGAGCCCAUACUUCCUAAGAUGGAGGGGGUCACUGAGUUUACAGAAUACAUAUCUGAGACUGUGGAUGUACCAUGCCCUUUUGACCUUCUUGAGCCUCCAACCUCUGGAGGAUUCCUAAAGCUGUCAAAGCCUUGCUGCUACAUCUUUCCUGGUGGACGGGGGGAUUCGGCACUUUUUGCCGUCAAUGGUUUUAACAUUCUGAUUGAUGGUGGCUCUGACAGAAAGUCAUGCUUCUGGAAGCUUGUCAGACAUUUAGAUCGUAUUGAUUCUGUCCUUUUAACCCAUAUUGGUGCUGAUAAUCUUCCCGGGAUCAAUGGACUCCUUCAAAGGAAGGUUGCAGAACAAGAGGAAGAACAGUCUCAAGGCUCAACCACCUACAGUGAUUGGAUGAAGAACCUGAUAUCACCCGAGCUCGGAGUUGUGUUCUUCAAUGUACCUGAGAAGCUUCGCACAUCAGAAUCGAAUUUGAAAGUCAAGCGAAGCAUUGAGGAAGCCUCUCUUACAUUGCAGUACCUUAACAAGCUAGGAAUUAAGCCUGAGCCUCUUUUUCGAGUAGUUACUAAUACAAUUGAGCCCAUCACUCUUUUUCACAAGAUGGGUGUGGGCAGGUUAGAUAUGUUUGUCCUGAAUCCUGUGAAGGACAGUAAGGAAAUGCAGUUCCUCAUGCAGAAGUGGGCAGGUAACAGCAAGGCCAAGACAGGGAUAGUACUUCCCAAUGGAAAAGAGGGAGAAAUAUCUGUACCGUAUUUGACAUCUAUUACUGCUCUUGUUGUUUGGCUCCCUGCCAACCCUACAGAAAAAAUAAUCAGAGUUUUGUUUCCAGGAAAUGCACCGCAGAACAAAAUCCUUGAAGGGCUUGAAAAGUUGAAGCACCUUGAUUUCUUGCGGUAUCCAAUAGCCACCCAAAAAGACAUAAAUUCUGGUGUUUCACCUUCAGCAGUAAAACAAACAAAGCUAAAGCAAAGAACUGACAGCAAAGAAAGUCUCAAAUCAUCUCCCAAGACUCAAGCACCAGCUAAGCCUUUUAAGAAAGAAACCGAUGAGCAUGAGGAUGUAUCCAUUGUCGACAUAAAGAGUGACUCAGUCAAUGAGAACAAGAUUGAGAAAAAAGAAGAAAAGAAGCACACCAAGCCACUGAAACCAAAAGCAGAUGUGACAGAAAAGAAAAAAUUAUUGAAGGACAAAUCACUGAAAAAACACCCCAAGGAAAGGGUGUCUAAAAUGGAUGAAAAGAAAGACAAAGAAAAGAGGGAAGUUAAAAAAGAAAAACGUGAUAUUAAAAAAGAUGAUGUUGUAAAAAAAGAUGAGAAGAAGUUUAAAACCAAGGACACUCCAAAACCUGAACUGAGAAAAAUAACUAAACCUGACCUGAAACCUUUUACUCCAGAGGUCAGAAAGACACUCCACAAGGCCAAAACCCAAGGGAAACCCAAAACAAUAAAGAGCAAACCUACAACUGCCAAGGUAGAGAGUGCAGAGAUUGUGGUCCAACCAGUGGCUGAAAAGACUGAGCCUGAGAAACCGGAAAAAGGGACAGGAGAAGUAAUAUCUGCUCCAUCUACUCCAGAAGAUUUAACAAAAGACUUUGAUGAAAUGAGAUCCACUGAAACAACAGAUCAAUCUGAAGCUCCUAAAAGUGUCCUUACGGUCUCUGAAUUACCAGCUGAAAAAGACAAUGAAACUACAAAUGUUGCAGAAGCACAAGAACAAGAUCAUGUUACAGAAACUGAUAUUGUGGAACAAAAAACUACAGAGAAAGAAGUAGCACCAUCAGCAGAAAUCCAAGAAGUGCUAUCAGCAGAAGUGAAAGAACAAGAGGAUGAGACCCAAACAUCAGAAUUAGAGAAAUUUGAGGAUGAGGGUGCUGCAAUUGAAGAUGAAGAUGAGGAGGAGGUUGAGAUACAACCUGUUAAGAAGAGGAUAGAGGAGGAGGAAGAGGAGGAAGACAUGGGAAUAGGAGAUGAAGAGGAUGAAGGGACAACAAAGGAAACCAAAGAUUUAGAGGGUGUGGACAGAAAACAUGAAGUUGAGGAAAUGGAGAAACAAAAACAAGUGGAGGAAAGAAAGACUCAAGCUGAAGAGGAGCAGUUUGAAGAAGAGGAUGUGAUUGAAAAAGCGGAGCUAGAGGAGGCAGAGGAUUUGGAUGCCAUUGCAGAUGAAGAAAUAAAGGAUUUCUCUGCUGAGAAAGUCAAAGAAGAAGAAGAGGAUGUAUACUUGUCAAAUGUUGGAGGUGUUACAGCUGGCAUUACCUCUACAGCCCAAGGAGCUGCAGCAGCAGAAAACAUAUCAUACAUUCAGGAUGAAACCAUCCCUGGUUACUCUGAGACUGAACAAACCAUCUCAGAUGAGGAGAUCCAUGAAGAAGCAGAGGAAAGGAUUCCACACCUUCAAUAUGAGGUUGGUAGCUAUGAUGUCUCGGUCCCAGACCAACCAGGCUCAUUUGAUGCCAUCCAUGGAAUGAGAGAAAUGCAAGCUGCUGCAAUGGGCAAUGGAACAGGCAAAGUAUUGAUCGGUGCACAGGAGCCACCUAUUUCCAUCUACACCAGCAUAUUUGCUGCACCAUUAGCUGAAGAAGAACAUGUUUCUUCAGCAACAUCUAUAACAGAGUAUGACAAACUGUCUUCUUUACCCACUUCCGUUGCAGAAGAUCAGUCAGUGGCAUCCGUCACUGCACCUCAGACUGAAGACACUGGAAAAAGUUCCCUUGUCUUGGAUACCGUUCAACCGGUUACUCAGACUGAUGCCACCCAAGGAAAAGACUACCUACAUUCAGCGGGUACCAUCUCACCAACAUCCUCCUUAGAGGAAGACAAGUGUUUCAAAUCAUCUCCCUCUGAGGAAUCUCCACCACUUCCCUUAGAAGGUAAAACUGAGGGAAUUGAGAUGGCUGUCCAUUACGGUGAUGAAGAGGAGGAUGAAUAUGAGGAUCAAACACCAAAUGUUGACAUUUCACUUGGAAAGUUACAAGAAUCUUAUGCCUCACCUGAUAAAAUAGAGCACAAGGAGACAGAAAUGGACAAACCCAAAAGUCCUGUGCCUUUAGUUCCUGAUACUUCAUCUGAGAUUGAGAAGGCAUCAGUAUCACCUUCUAGGGAGGACUCAUCUUAUGAAGUACAAACAAUUCUCUCCUCCCCAUCUCACAGUGUUACUAAGCUUCCUGUUGCUGAAGCUAGUGUUUUUCCAGAUGUGGAAGACCGAUGCAUUAGUCCUGAUGACAGCACUGUAAAAAUGGCUUCUCCUACACAUUCUGAACCACCUAGUGCAUCUCACUCUCCGCUCAGAAUGUCACCUGUGGAGGGGAAGGAUAAAGUUCCUCUUAUAGAGACUCAUCAAGAACCAGGACUGCCAGUUAGCCCCAUUGAAAUUGAAUCUGAAAAGGAGAGUGUAAAACAAAAACCUGGUAUUUUAGAUGAGAAAGAAAUACCUCAAGCGGAGGAGGAUGAAAAAAAAGAGAACCCAGGAAGCAACCUUUGCACCAUCUCUACUUUUCUACCAUCAAAAGAAAUAAGUGAUACAAAGGUAAUGCCUGAUCCAAGUGUUGAAAAGAAGGGCAAAGUUGAAGAGGACAUAAAAGAGAGCAGCAAGGCUGUAAUUCUUGAGGAUAAAGAUACCAAAUUAUCUGAUGAUCAUGACAUUGAAGAAACCUGUGAUUUAAAAGUGUCUACAGACAAAGAAGAGAAAAGAGAGAAGGAGAAAGAAAAGGAGGAUGAGAGAGAUGAUAUCAAAGGACAACAUAAGGAUGAAGACCAAUUCUUAAAGUAUUCAGAGGUUACGGAUAAAGGUGAUGUAAUAUCAGGACCAGAAAAAGCAGCAUUGCCCUCUAAAGAGGAUUUUGAUAAGAAAAAUUUAAAUGAAGAAGAGUUUCCAGAAAAGAGUUUCCCAGCAGUUCUGGAAAGUUCUGAGAUAGAAAAACUGGAGAAUGAAAAAGACGAAAUUCAGUCAGAGAAAGCUAAAAUAUCUUCUAAAUUUGACAAGGAAUCCAAACAGAAAGAUCUGACUGAUAUAUCUUGUCAGUCCAUAGAAAGCCUAGAUAUAAAAGCAGAAACAUCAGCAUCUCAGGAAGUAGCCAAAACAUAUAUGGAAACACAAGUCACUGUAGAGACAGAUGUUACAACUAAACCAGAAAAGACCUCGGAACAGAAAUCUGAAUCAGUUGAUUUUACACUUGAACAGGUGGCUUUGGAGGAAACUGAUUCAUCUGUCUGUAUAAGACCACUUAAGGAAGAUACAGAUGGCCUCAAAUCUCAAAUACAACAGUUAAGUGAAAAACCAGAUGUUAUACUGAAAGAUGAAGAAAAGGUAGAAAAUGUUCAGUCUACAGAGAUGCAUGUAGAAGCUUCCAUUAUAGAGAAGGAUAUUUCUGAUAAAGAUGAUCAAGAAUCUAAAGGGAUGCCAGCACAAGAGAUGAAACCUCAUAGUUUAGAGGCAACUCUAAGUGAGACUGAAAUUACUAGUAAACAAGAUGAAGACUUAAAGGAGAAGCUAUUGGAAGAAACUCAAACCACACAACAAUUAGAAAAAGCAGCUGUAUCAUACAAAGAAGAGUCUCAAAUAACAAAUUCCAUCAUUUCACAGGACACAGAUAAAACUAGCCAAGAUAUAGAAACUGUAGAGGACACUAAAUCCAUAACACAAAUUUCCAGUUCAGACAAAAUGGAUUCCUUACCAAUAUUAGACCAAGAAGCUAAAGACGAACAACUAGAAUUAAGCCAAGGCCAAGUUUUGCUGUCUGAAUCUGAGAAAUUAGAUUUGUCCUUUGAAGAUGAUCAGGACCAGAAAAAUAAAGAGUUUGUGAAGCUAACUAGCAAACCAGAUGAAGAGUCUACAGAAAGUCAGACUUAUGAAAAAAGAGAUAUGCAUACUAUCUCUAAAUCUGAUUUUGAUUCUGAAGUGAAGAGUGGACCCCAGACAAUAACAGAGAAAGAAGAUGUGCCAGCUAAAGAGGAUGAAAUAAGCAAAGGCAUAUUUGUCAAAUCUGAACAACCAGUCAAGUUUGAAGACAUUUCCCCAAAACCGCAUGAAUCUAAAGAUAAGUGUGCGGAGGAUACUCAACUUCAGAUAUCUACAGAUCAAUCAGUAUUCAUGAUUGCCACUGCUAAAAACGACCAACAGUAUGAAGAAAAACACACUGAAGACAUUGAAACUGAAGAGCUUCAACCAAAAGAUAAAACAACCGAUUCAAAAGUGAGCAAAAAGCUAGAGGAGAAAUUAAUUAAAGAAGAUGCAUCAAAAUUGGUGUCAGAUGAAUUAGACAGCAAAAUGGACUUGGGAGCCAAACCAAAAUCUUUGGUAGAAUCUUCAGAACAAAUGUUUGAGACCUCAGAUCUUAGUUGUAAAGAAAAAGUGGAAUUGAAAGAUGAACCUAAAGGAGAUAUGAAACAAGACACAUCAUUUCAUGAAACAGAUACGUUCCCAUCAUCAGACAUUGGAUUCAAAUUAAAUUUAGAUUAUAAAGAAAAAUUCAUUGAAGAAGCCUCCUCAACUGUGGACAAAACAAAAGACGCCAAGUCAACCUUUGAAACUACAUUUCCAACCAAAUUUUCAGAUGAAGAUGAAAGUACUGAGGAGGAUGAAGGAGAUGCUGUUUGUAUGGGAGGGGCUGGUUCAAGACCAUUGUCAGUGGAACCUUGGAAGUAUGAAGAACCAAAGGCAAGCAGUUCUGAGACAAGUAUGAAAAAAGAGGAAAUUGUGGCCAAUUUAGAGUUGACUAGAGAUUACAGUGGAACAUCACCUGAACCAGAGAAGGAGUGUAAGGUGGAUACCACAUCCCUUACACCACCUUCUACAGAUACAAGUACUAAAGCUGUAUCCGAGACUCUAACUGAGAGCAAACCAACAAGUAUCACACUGCCCAGCUCUGACAGUCAGGCAAGUGUUGAGGAUGACCAACAUGAAGCAUUGCUUUCUUCAAAGGAAGCAGUAAAACCGGAGAAGGAGGCUGAGAGGGAAAGGGAAGGAGAACGAGAGAUUGCCUCUCCAGGGUUAGAGACACAUUCUGAUUUUCAAAAGACUGGCAGUGCUGAUGAGAAAUGUGCUGAAAAGUCUGAUAACACUGAGAAAGGAAGAGAGGAAGAGGACCAGUACCCUAGUCUGGAUAGAGAUUUAGAUGACAAAAAAUCAAGUCAGGCCACAUUGCUUGGAGCUGCUUGUUCAGUAGAGGAACAAAGUGAUGAAGAGCCAGUGUCUUUCAGCAAGGUUGAUUACCAGACCUCUCCAAGUAUUCACAGCAGCCACAGUGCCUAUUCAGAGCAAGACAAUAAGGAGCGAUACCAAGAAGAAGAUUUGGUUAGAGAAGAUAGACCAGAUCUUUUUGUUGACACCAGUUCUACAUUUGACAGCAAAGCCACUUCGGCAGCAGGUUCAAGCUUGUUUACCUCUAGUGAUGUGCAAGAUAAAUCUGAGAAAUUGGAGAGAGAAGAGAAGGAGAAAGAGGACACACAUUCUCAUCUUCAAGGAAAAGAUGAUGGAAGUCAUAUUAAAUUGCCAGAUAAAGAGCCAUGUACAUCUGCUUCCAGCCUUUCAAAAACUGAUACACAAGAGAAAGACCAGAAAACAGAAGGAACAUUGGCAAUGCCUCAUUCAGAGGACCUGGACAAGACCAAAAGCCAUGUGACUGAAGCUUCCUCUCCACAAGGACUUCUUACAUCAUCACAAGAUAAAAGUCUUCAGAGUCUAACAACUUCAUCAACAUCUGCUUCCGAUGAGAAGAAAAUGGAGAGUCCAAUCUCAAGUGAAGGUAACAAAGAUAAAAACAAACUCUAUUCAGCUGAAAGCCAAAGCGACCCGUUUUCUUCUGGUCGAUACUCACCACCUGAAAAGGACAUGCUUCCUGCCAGGUUAUCACCUGAAGAUCCCAACACCAGCACUCCUGGUUCUUCAGGGCAGUCCAUGAAAGUUGAAGACAAUGUUCUUGCCCUUGAGUGCUCUGGAAAAACAGAUUCUCUUUCCAGCAAGUCAUUAAUCGUGAGUACAGAGACAGAGGAAUGCUUGGUCAGAAGCCAAAAAAUAUUUGCAGAAGAAGAGGAUGACUUUGAGGAGGAGGAAGAUGCAAGUGACUUGGACAUUGAAAAAGGUGCCAGAGAGAUGUCUGAAAAAGAGUCCAAAGUAGCAUUUGAUAGCAUGACUAUAUCUAAACCACUUGAAACAAAACAAGGAGAUACUACUGGUUACUUAGCAUCUGGAGCAUCUGCAGAAGAUCUACAGAUAGAUACAUCUGUCCACUAUGACAUUCCCAAACCCAGCGAUGACAAACUUGAACCACAGAAAACAUCUGAUAAAAAGCACGAAUUGACUGAAUUUCAAGCUGUUGCUCAAUCAGCCACGUCUGAUGCAACUUACUCAUCAUCUUCAUCCUUUAGUUACUCUUCCUCAACAUCUGCCUCAUAUUCAACUGGUCAACAUCCUGGAGAAGGCCUAGAAUCAUUGAUUAAUAUUCCUAGUGUCCAACUACGAUCAGAUGGAGACAGUAUAUCAUAUGAGUACUCAUCGCUAAAAGAGGAAGAGUCACCCACUAUGGAUUUACCAUGUUUAAAAAAAGAUGAAUACAUGGAAAUCACAGACCGAAUGACACCUGCUACAAUUACAGCUGAAUCAAUAUCUAGUCUUGCCAGGUUUUCUCCUCUCAGUCCCUUGGAGGAAUCCAAAUCAUUACUUCAAGAUCAAACAUCAUCAGCAGAGGAAAAGUCAGAGGAGGAUAUGUCAAGCAUUAAAUCUGACACGGAUCAUGUCUCUCUUUCUAAACAUGUAGCAGAGCCACAUUCCUCAAAAUCACCAGAAUCAGCAACUUCUGAGCAUGCAACUCACCCAACUGAGGUGGCAUCUGCGACAUCUCUUGAGUUUAAAAUUGCACCUUUGGAGAAGGCUGACUCUACAGACAAACAGUUGCAGGAAAAAUCCUCUGAUGAUGAGCCUGAGGAUAACAAAAGCAGUUUUGAGGAAGGAACCUUACCAUGUAGAAUUGAAUGUGAAAGAUCUUCAGCUACUGAAAAUUUAAGCACAGCAUCUUUACCAGAACAACUUUCUGAUGUAAAACCCUCAACCACAAUAUUAUGUUCAUUUGAUCUGCAAACCAAAGAUGGAACAACAGAAAUGAAAAGUUCUCAGAAGGGGGCAGAUACAACAUGUGGGCCUCUCACUACCAACACACAAAGUGAACAAAGUAUGAAACAAGAAGGGGCAGAGAAAACUGAGAAAAUUAAAGACUUGCCUGAAAAAGUACAGGAGGGGGUUGAAAUGAAAGAAGCAAAAGUGAGCAAAAUGGAAUAUGAAGAGGAACGUGAGACAGAUGAGAAAGGAGGAGUAAACCAUGUAGCAAUGGAGGAAGAACAGAUAAAAGCUGAAAAGAUGGUUGAGGUGAAGUCAGGAAAGAUGGGAGAGAGUCUAGGUGAUGGCAAGAAGUCAGAGCAGCAAAGCGAUUGUGAAGGGAAAAUGGAGCAGUCGAAAGAAAAAAAAGAGGUAGAACAAACUGAAACAAUUGUAGAAAAGGAAUGUAAAGAAAAAAUGGAAGAGAAGAAAGAGCAAACAGAAGAAAAGAUGAUGGAAGAAGACAGCAAAAAAACAGAUACAGUUGAGUCCAGCCAGCAUAGUAGUACCUUUGGGUCCACAAUGCAGCAUGAAAAUAAGGAUGAGAAUGAAAAAGAGGUUCAUGAGAGUAUAAAGGAGGAAAAGGGGGGUGAAGAAAAGGAAAUAAAGGAUGAUUCAAAAGAACAUCCACCAACUCCACUAUCAGGAGCACAGGCUUGUUAUCCUGAGGUCUCCAAGAAGUCAGAUGAGGAAUUCACUCGACCUUCUGAUCUUGGUAUGGAGGCCACGUCCUCGCAUUCACCUUCGCUCUUUAAACACCGUAAAGGAGAUGUCUCUCCAUCCUUCAUUAAUCCAAGCCCACAGGAACUAUCGAGUGAGGAUGAAGAGGAAGAUGCUAGAAGUGAUCAUUCAAGGGAUGAUGAUGGUGAUGAGCGUGAGCAGCAUUCUAUCAAAAGGAGAUCUCAUAAGCAACAUCAUCAUCAUCCCCACAGUCACCAUGAAGAUGGUAAGGAGGGAUCUCACUGCAUACUGAGUGGUACAUCUACUGGGCAAGGCAUUAUGCUAGCAGGGGAGGAAACUCCUCCUACAUCUUUGAGCGAGUCACUACCAUCUCAGUCUGACUCAGAUGUUCCUCCAGAGACUGAGGAAUGUCCUUCAAUUACAGCAGAAGGGAACCUUGAUUCUGAUGAAGAUGCAGAACAUCUACCUGUGGACAAAAUGUCUGCAGCUGGCGGCAGUGGAGGAAGUCAUCAUUCGUCCUCCCCGAGGAGUCACGAUCCCCCGCCCAUUCCAAUGAAAGACACUCUUCCUCACCCUCCGCACCCUGAUGUGUGCAUGGUGGACCCAGAGGCCCUUCUUAAUGGCCAGACCCACACUGAACGACCAGUGAAGAAAGACCUAAAAACAAAUAGAGGCUUGAGGAAGACGCUAGGAAAGUCUGCAUCACCGGCACGUAAAGGAGACAAAAGCAGGAGAUCUAGUACCCCUGUGAAGCAGACAUCCAAAGACUCCUCACCUCAUGAUCUUAAAAGAAAAGAUUCGGAGAAGACUUUUCGUCUGUCUAAAAUGUCUGAGACACAGGGAUCCAGAGGAGACAUCUACAACCCAGGAAGAGGACUGGUUAAUGGUGUUAAGAGUAAUGCAGGCUCCAACCUGAAAUCCAUUGCUGGGAAUCCACCUGGACCACCCAUCUAUGUCGAUCUAGCUUACGUUCCCAACCACUGCAGUGCUAAAAAUGUUGAUCAAGAAUUCUUCAAGCGAGUGCGAGCAGCAUACUAUGUCGUCAGUGGAAAUGACCCAGGCAGUGGUGAACCCAGCCGUGCCGUUCUAGAUGCACUCCUAGAAGGGAAAGCACAAUGGGGCACUAAUCUACAGGUCACUUUAAUCCCUACACAUGACACAGAGGUAACCCGGGACUGGUAUCAGCAGACCCAUGAGAAACAGCAGGACCUGAAUAUAAUGGUCUUGGCCAGCAGCAGCACAGUGGUUAUGCAGGAUGAAUCUUUCCCAGCCUGCAAAAUAGAAUUUUGAAUUGGUUUUCUAUUUAGAGCUUUCCAUUCAUUCCUCAUUCAUUUCUAAUCUUUUAGGUUUAGAUGAGUUACUCCACCCACAGCAUUCCAUCCGCUGCCAUUUACAGUUUGUAUUCUAAUCCUUAAAAAUUCAACAAAAUCCUAGUGCUGUCAAAGGACUUUAUUAUAAGCUUUGGUCCUGAAUCUAUUUGUACAUUUUUGUUUGCAUCUGCAAUGCUUUGGCAGAAAACUGAAUGUUCACUAGCUAGCUGCUAUGAAAUAAUUAUAUAAUGUUAAGUAGGCUAAUGUUGCAUUGAAAAUGUUGUUUUCUCAUAUUCUUCAACAUAACUUAAGAGACCAAGAUUUUAUCCUGCCUGGAAUUUGAAUUCAAAGCACAAAAAAUGCCCUCUGAGAAUUGGUUAAUACAUCAUCUGAUUAAUGUUUCACAUCCUUUAUCAUCAAUUUUAGCAGACAUACCACCUAUAGACACAGUUUCCUGGGAGAACAUACUUUUAACAUAAGGUCAGAAGGCCUUAGAGCAAACAACCUCUGAGAACAGACUCAAAAAAAGUUCAGAGUAGCUGUCUUGUGAGCUACGUUUACAAUGAGGCUAGACAAGUCUCCCCAUGUGAUCACAUACCAGCAGAUGAGUGAAGAAAGAAAUAACUGUACUCUAAAUUGCUAAUCCAAUGAGAAACUGUCAAAUCUCAAUUCUUUCAAAUGACGAUUUACGAUAUCAAACAUAAUCCAAGAUUUGUGUCCCUUAGGUGACAAAGAUGGAUCUUUUUCUAUUCAAACGUCUAAUCAGUCUAGCACUCAAUAAUAUGAUAGUAGUGAAGACUGUACAUGUAUAUGUACAUGAUUUUAAAAGUAAAGCAAAGUAGAUGGUAUCUUUCAAACUACUAACCCACUGAUAUGACAGAUUUUGGGUGACUAGACUCUAACAUGAUAGUGUGGCUCAGGAUAUAGAAGGUAAAAAGUUAUAGAAAGAAUAAGAGUUUUGUGUUUUUUCAGUAUUGCAAGUGCUGUACUAAAGCAUGCUGCUCUCUAGCUUGGACUAAAUGUUGUUAGUAUAUUAAUCUAGUGAUAUGCUUUGGGGAUCUGUUGGGGUCCAGAUCUCUUCAAAAGCAUACUAAUAACGAGCAGCUUGAAUACCAUCUGCCCAUUAAUUGAGUAGACCACCAUUAGAGUUGCCAAUUACAUGAUGUUCUGUCGAUUGAGUAAAAAUAUUACAAAAAUGUAAAGACAAACAACAGUAUCGCUUCAAAUAAUCUGUUUCAAUUUUUUGGUGUAAAGGAUUCAGACUUGUGACAAGUUGAAUGUUUUGUUUGUGUGUUGUUGACAUACUUGACCUAUUUUUUUUUUUCUUCUCCAAGCUGAGAUUCUCUGGCUUCUCAAGCACUUUAGGUUUAACUUGAUUGAAAGGAAACUGGUGGAAAUUACACUAUGUAUCAAAAUGUAGCAGUAGAGACAUUUGUUAUAGAGAGACUAAUCAACAAGAGUGAAUAUUUGUUUUCACGGUUGCUGUGAGAGCAGACAGUGAGGGUUACCCUCGUGCCUUUUGUGUGUUGUUUAACAAAGAAAAUCCUUAGUUAUUACAUACUUAUACAUGCACAUGCAUUUAUUUUGGAUUAACUAAAAUUCGAAAAGCUAUAAAAGUUUAAAUUGACUGGGAAGUGUGAGUAUUAUCAAACAGCAGGCAUUUAUAAUAACUACUUUGUUGCACCUAGUACAAUUGCACUUUUUUUUUUAAAUUAAAUCAGUUUGGUAGGCAGGCAGGCAUCCUCAUGUAAAUAAUUAUGUAACAACUUAAUUUAUUUGAAAAAACAAAUAUACAAAUUUCAAUUAAAAUGACUGAUCAACAUUUGUGUUUUGGUCUGGCAAUGUGGACAAGAACUUAUUUAGCUAGUUAUUAUCUAAAUUAAAUUGUAUGGUGGUCUGUUAUAGAGAACAAAUACUCGUAGGCCCAGUUUAAUAGACAGGAGCUUAGCCUAAACCAGGAUUAGGCCAUACUUCAAUUAGGACAUUUAAUUAAUUUUUUUACAAACAUGCCUUAGAGAAAAGCGUUACUGGUGUACAUCUUUAGACAAAACAAAAGCACUGGCAUGUUUUAAGAUCAGUCCGAGCAAAUUUCUUUCAGUUGAAACAGCUCAGAUUUACAUUUUAGUCUAGGCCUAGGCUUAAGUCUUGUCUGUGAAACCAGGGGUUAAAGUACUAGAACAGGGACAGUUUAAGAUACAGUUUUGACUUUUUUUUUUGAAUUUUGCAAUUUUUAUUGCUUAUAUCUUUACAAAGAAUAUAAAUUCAGCCUAACCUAAAGUUAUAUAAUUUACAAAACAAUCUAACAAUUAGUGUUUCUGUUUGCACUGGAGGCAAGAAAACUAAUUAGCAAUCUGUCAUUUGCUCGAUGUAACAGUGGCUCUACAUUUUCAGUUACAUUGUGAACAGUUUCUUCGAUAGCAAAACAUCAAGACCUCAUUGGUAAAUGCACAUUUGUUUUGUCCUGGAAAGAACCUUUGCUUUCAAAGGCAGUAGUGCCAUCAUCCAUCCUGUUAGAAAACAAGCUCUGAAACACUGCACCCCUAACCCUAAUCCAGUAUAUUCACAGGGAGUGGAUAGUUUUUAGCCUGCU